AUGAAGAUCUGCAUUCGAAAUUUUCUGAGCAGAACCAGCAGGCCGUUCGUCGUUGUUUUCCCAAAUUAUUUUAAGGCUAAACUCCUUUCACCUUGCCGACGAUGUUCAAAGCUCUGGAUAGAUUCAGAUAGUAAUAGAAAGGAGUGUCAAACUUACUCCUCACCGGGUCGGAAGCAGAGUGGGCACUGGGGUGACAGGACUCCGCGUGAGCAGAAGAAACGGAGGGAGUCCAUAAAGCACAAUUAUGUACUAGGUAGGAGAGGAAGUGAUAAAAAGUCCAUUGUGAUGUGUUCGUGUAAUUGCCGUUUGAGAAUAUCAUGUACGGAUGGGACUUCGUCAUCACUCGGAGUAUUCCAUGUUUUAGAACGACAGCGAAAUAGGACACCUCCGCUGCUUGGUUACCCGAAGGUGCGAGGUCACCAAUCAGAGUUAAAAGCGGACACUACAGAGAGGAGUCCAACAGCAAUAGAGUCGUACGCGCAAGAUUGAAUAUUAUAUAAUAUUUUUCCCAUUAGUCCUAUUACUCGCUGGUAACCCAACAAAAUAGUGGAUGCCUGGUAAGUAAUUUGUCUAAAUCUGUGUCGACGUCACACAAAGACACCCAGCCAGACACAGCCCACCAUCAAUAGCUUGGAUCCCUAUACGAUGAACUAGGAAGUCAUCUAGAGCUGUUCUGGUAUGACUUGGAACAUUAGAAUCGAAGCAACCGGGUUGAAGCAUAUUGCUGAAGAGCGAAUAACCGAGAGGGGUAACAAGGUGGACACCAGACGAGACUCUGGUGUUCGUGUGUGCAAU